AUGGACGUUUCUUCAAAGGCUAAGUGGCACCACAAGGCCUUCAUCCCCACAUGCACAAUACUCAGUUUCGCAUGCGUUUCCAUGCUUUUGCUUCACUGGCAUUGGCAGUGGCAGACGUUGACUUAUACUCCUCCCGCCUCAGUCGACAAGGACCGACGCUUCGCCCUGGUCAUACCUGCCACCGGUUCUAGCCCUGAACUUUGCAAAACCGUCGUUACCGGACUCGCACUUGGUUACCCAAGCCCAGUUAUCGUCAAUUGGGGAGUUGACCAUCGCGCUCUCACACAUUGGCGGGGUGGUCGCAAUUUAGUAAAAGUACCUGGUGUGGUCGAGUAUCUUGAAGCAGCCACACGACCAGAUGCGCACCCAUCCGAGCGAUUGAAUGACGACGACAUUGUACUCAUUGUCGAUGGUUACGACAUUUGGUUCCAACUGCCAGCUCAGGUGAUGCUCGAGCGAUAUCACAAGAUCAACCGAGAAGCCAACGAGAGACUGCAAAAAGAAUGGAACAAACAUCAACGAGGACCAAUGCCGAUGCGACAGACUAUAAUUGGGGCAAGUGGCAAGAGAUGCGACCCCAAGAACGAAAAUAGGGGCACAAAGAUGCAGUGCGAUGACAAGACAUGCUGGGAGGCUCCUCAGAUCAAUUGGGACGAUCUAGAUGUUGAACACUUGGAAACAGACCAUACAGGCAAGGUCAAGUCACGCCACUGCGGUGCCGUCAGGCCGAGGUGGCUCAACGGGGGCCUCUACAUGGGGCCUGCUGGUGAUUUGAGACGUCUCUUCCGUCGCUGCUUGUUCACACUACAGACGGGAAUCGGCAAGGGAAUCAAGAUGCGUAGUGAACAGUCUCUUGCAUACGAAGCCAUAUCUGAACAGGAGGUCUAUCGCCAAUGGCAGAGAUCGAAUGGCAACCUGAAACGUGGUAUAUCAAAGUUGAUGGGUGACAAGCUGGAAUAUCACAUCGGCCUUGAUUACGCCGAGGAACUAUCAGUCCAAACCCAGUGGGCGCAAGACAGAAAUGGAAGGGACCAUGGUGCAUUUGUGACACUAGGCAACCAAGAACUCAUUGACCAACAUUCUCAGGCUCUGGGGAUCUCGCCGACAAGACUGCGUGGUUUACCAGACGACAUCAAGUCAGCACCGAACCCACUGUCACUUCUUCAGCCCGGAGCCAACUGGACCGACAUGCCUCUCUAUGCAGACUUCUUCACCGAGACCGUCUCUGCUAUUCUACAUCACAACGGUGUCGGUUCCCUCAAGACACAUCGAUCCACAUGGUGGGACAGACCAUGGUAUUAUCAACACCUCCGAAAGCUUCUUCACCUUCGACUGCGAGCAAAGGACGAGCCUGAGGAUCCUCUGGCGACGGUACAGACAGCCAAUGGACGUGUGAGAUACUGGGCUGCCACCGCCGAACAGGAGAGCAAGUAUCCCAGACAGAUGAAGAAGACGUUAAAACACAGACUGGACAAGAUGAAGUUUGGAGAUAUUUGUCGGCACAAGCACUCAGCACCAGAGGGGCCUAACCAGGAGUGGUGGGAGGAGAUUUUUCGCGACACUGGUGGUCCUUGGGGUACCUAG